GGUGCCAGGCUGGGCCGGGAGCGGGAGGAUCGGAGCCACCCCCAGGCCCCGGCCGCUCGCCGGGCGGCAGGAGCCGAGCAGAAAACGGAGGCGUGAGGGGAGCUGCCGCCUCGGGGCGCUGGACAGCGCUGGGGAGCCUGUGCCGGUGAUCGCCUGGCACCGCCCCCCCUUAGCGCCGGGCACCUGGCACCGCCCUGCCCCGUUCCCCCCGCCCCAGCGCCGGGCACCGGCAUCACCCGGCACCGCCUUGCAUCGCCCGUUAGCCCCCGAGCGGAGGAUGUGACUCCCGCCGGUUCCUCCUGGCAGAGAUCGGUGCUGCCCCCGGAGCUCUGGGCCUUGCAGGGAAGGGGAAUCCUCGCCCACCACCCAGCUCUUCCCCCCCCCCCCUGCUCUUGCGAGGACCAGGGGCUGAGCUCUUUAUGGGGCAGUUCAACCCGGCCUGGAGAAGAUGCCAAGGAAGGAGCUACCUUUGCCAGAGGGCUGGGAAGAAGCCCGGGACUUCGAUGGGAAAGUGUAUUAUAUCGACCACACCAACAAAACCACCAGCUGGAUCGACCCGAGAGACAGGUAUACUAAACCACUAACCUUUGCUGACUGCAUUAGUGAUGAAUUGCCAUUAGGAUGGGAAGAAGCUUAUGACCCUCAAGUUGGAGUUUAUUAUGUAGACCACAAUAACAAAUCCACACAGAUAGAGGACCCUCGUGUGCAAUGGCGGCGGGAGCAGGAACAUAUGCUGAAGGACUAUCUGAUACUGGCCCAAGAGGCAAUCGCUGCUCAGAAAGAGAUCUACCAGGUGAAACAGCAGAGACUUGAAUUGGCCCAGCAGGAAUACAGGCAGCUACAUGAUGUUUGGGAACACAAACUGGGCUCUCAGAUCAGCUUGCACUCUGGCUCAUCGUCUAGUUCUAAAUAUGACCCGGAGAUUCUUAAAGCUGAAAUUGCUACUACAAAAUCCAGGGUUAAUAAAUUGAAGAGAGAGGUGGCUCAUAUGAAGCAAGAAUUGCAAUACAAAGAGCAUGGCUUCCACACACUAAAGAAAAUUGAUAUGAAAAUGUCUGAUACUCAAGGUGGAUACAAACUUGAUGAAGCACAAGCCAUAUUAAGUGAAAUGAAAGCUAUCAAGAAAGCAAUCACUUCAGGAGAGAAGGAAAAACAAGAUCUCAUUCAGAGCUUAGCCAGGUUAAAGGAUGGCUUUGUGACUGACAGAGGAUCGCAGUCAGACCUGUGGGACAGCAAUGCAUCCUUAUUACCUCCACAGUAUCUGGAUGUUAGCUCCCAAACAGAUGUUUCAGGAAAUUUUAUCACAAGCACUAAUAAUCAGUUGGCUGAGAAGGUCAGAUUACGCCUCCGAUAUGAAGAAGCAAAGAGAAGAAUAGCAAACUUAAAAAUACAUUUGGCUAAACUGGACAGUGAGGCCUGGCCAGGUGUGCUGGAUUCAGAACGGGACCGACUAAUAUUAAUCAAUGAGAAGGAGGAGCUCCUAAAGGAAAUGCGGUUCAUUAGCCCCCGAAAGUGGACUCGAGGUGAAGUGGAAAGACUGGAGAUGGAGAGAAAACGUCUAGAGGAAGACCUUCAAGCUGCAAGAGAUACUCAAAGCAAAGCCUUAACAGAGAGAUUGAAGUUGAAUAGCAAAAGAAAUCAGUUGGUCCGCGAACUGGAGGAAACAACACGAUUAGUUGUAACGUUACACACCCAGCUGAAAAACCUCUCUACCAGCAUGCUUUCCCUGUCUUCGGGCAGCAGCCAUGGCUCUCUCGCAUCGAGCAGAGGAUCUCUUGCCACCUCUAGUCAGGAUUCUUCCACCUCAGCCAGUUUUACUGAUCUCUACUGUGAGCAGUGGGAACAGUUGGACUCGGACUAUCAGAACAAAGUCGACUUCUUACUCUUGGAGGGAGCCGCUGGAUUUAGGCCUUCAGGCUAUAUCACCACUAUUCAUGAGAAUGAGGUGGCAAAAACUCACAAAACAGAUGCCACUGGUCGUAUCCAGGCUUUGAGAUCUUUGUCUGGGACCCCCAAAUCAAUGACAUCCUUAUCUCCAAGGUCAUCUCUGUCAUCUCCUUCUCCACCCUGCUCCCCACUAGUGAUAGAUCCUCUCUUAACUGGAGAUGCCUUUUUGAGCCACAUGGACUUUGAAGAUACAGAUAUAAAUACAAGUCUUUCUGAACUCUCUCUAAAUGCUGGAAGUGGCAGCUACAGAUUGGAAGAGCCUAGGGCUGGGGACAAACAUCUAGGCCAAGGUGUAAAUUCAGCUGGAGGGGCCACACUGAAGGUGGCAUGUGUGUCAGCUGCAGUGUCAGAUGAAUCUGUUGCUGGAGACAGUGGGGUGUAUGAGGCAGCUGUACAAAGACUCUGUGUGUCAGAAAUGAUAAUGUUUGACGGUGAUCAUACAGAAGCAGCUGGAACUGCCAAAGUGCAAAUUGCUAUGAAGUAUGAUGACAAAAAUAAACAAUUUGCAAUAUUAGUCAUGCAGCUGAAUAACGUUCCUGCUCUAAUGUUACAGCAAGAUCAGAAAGUGAACAUUCGUGUGGCUGUUCUUCCUUGCUCUGAAAGCACAAGCUGUUUGUUCCGCACAAGACCCAUGGAAGCUUCUGAUAGUCUUGUAUACAAUGAAAUAUUCUGGGUUUCAAUCUCUUACCCUGCUUUACACCAGAAGACUUUAAGAGUUGAUGUUUGCACUGUGGAUAAGUCUCACCUCGAGGAGUGCCUGGGUGGGGCACAAAUUAGCCUGGCUGAAAUAUGUCGAACUGGAGAGAAGUCAACACGCUGGUACAACCUUCUUAGUUAUAAAUAUCUUCAGAAGCAAAGCAGAAAACAUAAACAAGGGGAUAUUUGUUCUGCAGUAUCCUGUGUUGAAAAAACAGACUCUGUAUCUGCACUGCUGGAACAGACUGCUGUUGAACUGGAAGCAGUAGAGAAGAAGCUGGAAGAAAGCAGAAGCACUUUAACUAGUGGAGAGAAUUGGCAAGAUGAGGAGGUUGCUGAGCAAGAAGAGCAGGAUGGGAACAGUGACAAUGAAGCAGAAGAGGAGGAAGAAUUCUGUGAUGGAAAAACACUCUGGGAGGUGGAAGAGAAUCCAGAAUCCCAAGUGCAUGCAGAGUCGAUAGCAGUAAAGGUAGAUAAAGAGACAAACACAGAGAGCCUUGCACAAUCUUCUACUGUAGUUCGUCCAAAAGAGAAGAAAGCAGCUAACCCACCACAAACUCAGUUUGUCAGAAGCAGCACCAUAAUCCGCUCCAAAACAUUUUCGCCAGGACCACAGAGUCAAUACAUCUGCCGGCUAAAUCGCAGUGAUAGUGACAGUUCAACACUGUCUAAGAAACCGCCCUUUGUUCGGAAUGCUAUGGAGAGGCGAAGUGUCAGAAUGAAGCGGCCUUCGGUUAAGUCCUUUGGUGCAGAGCGUCUAAUCCGAACUUCACUAGACCUGGAGUUAGACCUGCAGGCUUCAAGGACCUGGCACAAUCAGUUAGUGCAAGAGAUCUCUGUACUGAAAGAACUGAAAGAACAGUUAGAACAAGCUCAAGGUCAAGGUGAAAAAGAGCUGCCACAAUGGGUGAAGGAUGAUGAGAGAUUCCGGCUUUGGCUGAGACACGUCGAAAAACGGGCUGAGAAAACAGAACACAAAUGUGAGCUGAAAGCGGAUAAAAUGAUGAGAGCAGCGGCCAAGGAUGUACACAGGCUACGAGGACAGAGUCGUAAGGAGCCCCUGGAGGUACAAUCAUUCAGAGAGAAGAUGGCAUUUUUCACACGACCGAGGAUAAACAUUCCAACUCUCUCUGCAGAUGAUGUUUAAUCACCAUAAAGUAUUUGUUUUCCCUGACCAUUC